AGUCAUAUGACUCACACACGCAUGCAAUAACAGCUGGAUCCACGUCGGUGGCGGCAACUCUAUCAAUCUCCAAAUCUUAAACUUCUUACCCAUCUACAUACCUUCACAAACCAUAUCUUCCUUUGCCAGUUGUUUUUAUCUAUUACUUUAUUAUCAAAUAAUGCCCAAAAAAGCAGCUGGCGAAAAUUCUAAGAAGGCGGCUGGCAACGCCAAGAAAGCCGAAGCCGCUGCCAAAAAACAAGCUGUUGUAGACGCCAAACACGCCUCUGAAGAAGAUUCUUAUUGGAAUCAAGGCUCCAAAUCCUCUUCCAAGAAAGAUUCCUCAGAAGCCAAGAAAGCCGAAGCCGCUCGCAAAAAGGCCGAACGCGAUGCGCUGCUAGCCGACGAAGAAGCCUCGCAACCGUCCAAGGCCAAGGGCGCAGGCGCCAAAUCCGCGCAGAAAAAGACGCGAGGUCUUGACUUGUCGCAAUUAGACGACUCUACGUCGACCAGCCGAAAGGUCUCGGCCCUGAAUGCCUCUGGUAUUGAGAACGCGCUCGACGCGCUGGAGUUGACGGGCUCGGGCGAUAGUAUGAAGAUUGAUAGACACCCCGAACGCCGAUUCAAGGCUGCCUAUGCCGCCUUCGAGGCUCGCCGUUUACCGGAGAUUGAAGCCGAGCAUCCUGGUCUGAGAAAGCAGCAGCGCAUUGAGAUUGUUAAGAAGGAGUUUGAGAAGAGUGAUGAGAAUCCGUUCAAUAGGGUGAAUGUUGCGUUUGAUGCGUCACGCGACGAGAUUGCUGCUGUGAGGGAGGCCGAGAGGAAGAAGGUGGAGAAUCGGUUGGGGAAGUAAUCCAGAUGCUCACGAUAUGGGGUUCGUCUAUAUGAGGGAUUUAUACACUCUCUUACGUUUCAAAUGUUGGUGAUUUUGACAUGUGUUUUCUUGUAUAGAGAUAAAACAUUGACGACCUCAUGACUUAUCAGAAU